UAUGUCACGCACUGACACACAAACAAUGGGCUUUUCAUUCUACACAACAUGAUGAACUGUGAGAAGCCUUUAGUUUUUUCGAAAUUUCUCAAGUCCAUUUGGCUCACAAAUGUCAAAGAUUACUAUAUAAAGAAACGAACGAUACUUAUCAACAUCGGAAUCGAAGCAACAGUGAUUAAAUCAACAGAGCCGUGCAAAUCCCUAGCUCCAAGAACGUCCACCAUUUUGCAAGAUGUAACCGUACAGAGUGCUGAUUCAGUUGUUCUUGUGGAAAUAGAAGAUGAGCGAGACAUCAGUGGGUGUGUUUUGGAAAAUGGUUGGCACCACCUCAAUGAACUUUUCCCAUCCUUUCCAAAACAUGUGUCGCUUUAUAAAUCUCCACAAUUUGAAGUAGGGAAAGUGAGCUUUGACCCAUUCCACGCGGUUGGUCAGUCAGAGGGUGUGAACUUAAACAAAGUGAGGGAACACCAGGUUAAAGUCAAUGUUUGGUUCUGCCCUACAAACACUCAUUGUCGACUACACAACAAGCAUAGCGAUCCUGAAAUACUGGAAGUGCACACACAGAUAUACGGGACAGGACGAAUGCAGAAAUUCCAUAGUGAAGAUUUUAGCAGUUUGUACGAAGAUGUGGUCAUGAGUCCUGGUAUGACGCACGUGCCCUUCUGCGGUAUCCAUGACAACGGGGAGUACUACUAUGGGUGGCACCAGUACUAUGGGGAUACGGACUGCAUUUGGAUGGCGAUAGAGUAUCACCCGCUGUAGCUUGAACACCAAGAAGAAAUAUGGUACAAAAUUAUAUCUGACGAGCAAGGGCAUACUGAAAUACCCUAAAUAAGAAAUUAAGGUGUCCAGAACAAUUUGUUAAUCUUUGUGAGUUCUCAGCUUAUGUUUGAAAGAUAUGAUUCGUGUUGGAAAGAGAAAACGUGGCACACCUGUGCUUUCAUUAAAUUCCACAAUUUCAACUAUUGAAUUCCACAAAAAAAUCUCACUUUGUUUUGACCAAUGAGAGCGCGCGUAAGAAUUUGACUAUAGGAUUCUACAUAAUAUUGGUUACUACGGGCUAUAGGAUAAUCUGACUCCGAAAUGAAGUCUAAUGUCUUGUUAGUAAAUAAAGCACGUAUUCCUACCUCAA